CCAACAAGUACUCCAGUUAUGACUUAGGACAACGUACAUGACGACUUCUACGGAACCACCCUACUACCUCUUGGUAUCUCAUUCAUCUUUUCAGCACAGCUCUGGUCUUAUUUCCAACUCCCUCGCGCAUGCAAGCAUAGAAUAUCGCUAUGCGGACGACUCACCUUUGAUCCUCUUGUCGCGUCAUCCUGACGAGCAUGUCCUUGUGUUAAAUCAUGAUCCAGCAAAGGGGGACACACCAACGGUUCAGAGCACUUCUAGUCAUAUGGCUGUAACAGGCAUCAAGGUAUCUGUGGCACCUGGCGCUAGCGCCAAUGAGGAACACAGCGCAAACGAUAAUAUGUAUGUUUUAGAAGUUACAUCCACUUCUGACGACCACUUAAGCAUGGAGUCAUCCCAUGUCUCCUUACAGAAUCCCCAAGCAAUAGUUGCUCGGUUCAAACAGAGAAAUACGGUGCUUCGUUGUGUCUUCGAUUACCCCGGAAUCGGGAAGGCCGGUGGUAUCCCGCCAUCUCGGUCUAGCUCACGGCCCAGAUCACCACGUCCGACGUAGUUUCACGCAUGUAAUACAUCAUAUUCCAACCACAGCCACUUCUCCCCUUCUAUGAAAGAAAUGUAGGAGUAUAUGUCAUCGACGUUUAUUGCCUUUACCACCUUUUCGUUGUUGAAGCGUUGAAGGGCCUGUAUUGGACUUUGCGACAGGCGUGCUUGCUUUAGUUUCUUCACCAGCAGAGAGAAGAGCAGAUAGCCUAUUGUAUAUAGAUAUAGGCAUGUCAACUCAUGGAUUGCAUACAAUGGAUACGUACCCUCUGGGAUCGCCAUUCUGGA